AGCUCUUGCGCGGUCCGGCUCAGCGGACACUAGGACUCCAAGAUGGCGUCAGUCGUGCCAGUGAAAGAGAAGAAACUCAUGGAUGUCAAACUAGGGGAGCUUCCAAGCUGGAUAUUGAUGCGGGAUUUCACGCCUAAAGGCAUUGUGGGAGCAUUUCAGAGAGGUUACUACCGGUACUACAACAAGUACAUCAAUGUGAAGAAGGGCAGCAUUGCGGGCGUCAACAUGGUGCUGGCAGCAUACGUGCUUUUCAGCUACUGCCUUUCUUACAAGGAACUCAAGCACGAGCGGCGACGCAAGUACCAUUGAAAAGGGGCCGGUGUGGAGAGCAUACUGCGUACUCCUGAUUGGGACCUCCUCUCCAAUGAAGAACUGAAAUCAUGGCCUCAUGCUUUCCUAUCCCGAGUAUUAAUACCCAAUAAAAGGUGACUGGUA